AAACCCAUCUGCCUUCUCCCUAUAGCCUUUGUUCUCAGGUCUUCUCUUUCUCUCUCUUGCUCUUGUUCAUACUCCAGCUUUUCCUCUGCCUCACAGUAGAUCCAUUUUUCAUUCCAGUCUCCUUCUGCCAGCUUUAUUUAUUCUGUCUGCUCACUCAGCUUUCUGCCUACAUUCCCCACCUCUUUAUCAAACAGAGCUGUUCUACCAGUUACACCUCUUUGUUUUUAGAACCCAGAACUUCAGUGGGUGGAACAAACGACCCCAUGUUUUAAGAUCCCAACCUCAAGGAAUGUCUGUCAUUUCCCACCAGCUUUCCUUGUUUACCUUCUUUCUGUCCUGACCAGUUUUUCUGGGAGAAAAUUGCCAGCAGUCCAGGUGCUCACCCAACUGAUUCCUGGUAACUGGGAUGUUCUUGUGGACAAUUCCACACAUUUCCUCUGCAGCCAGAGCCCUCCCCUGGCUCCUUCUUCCAGUCCUUCCUACGGGACAUGGGGGAUAGCAACCGCACAGCAGUAACUGAGUUUGUUUUGCUGGGGUUCUCAGGUUUUGGUUCCCGUCAGGGAUCUCUGUUCUGGGGGGUGCUCUGUAUCUACCUUGUCAUCUUGCUGGGCAACUCCCUGAUCAUCCUCCUAACGCUGGCGGACCCUGCCCUACACUCACCCAUGUAUUUCUUCCUUCGCCACUUCUCCAUGGUGGAGAUCCUCUACACCACAACCAUCGUGCCCAGGAUGCUGGCUGAUCUCCUGUCCUCCUGCCCCACCAUCCCACUUGCCAGCUGCUUCACCCAGCUCUACUUCUUUGCCCUCUUUGGCAUCGCAGAAUGCUGCCUGCUUACCGCCAUGGCCUAUGACCGCUAUGCUGCCAUCUGCCGGCCGCUGCAUUAUGGCACCCUGAUGAACCGGGGCACGUGUGUCCACAUGGUGGGGGCCUCGUACCUCAUGGGUGUCAUCGCUGGCACCACUCACUCCAUCUGUAUCUUCACAUUGCCCUUCCACAAUGCCAACACAAUCCACCACUUCCUGUGUGACAUCCUGCCUGUGCUGAGGCUGGCUAGUGCAAGCACCUUCUGGGGUGAAGUGGGAAAUCUUGGUGUCACAAUAGCCUUUAUCCUGACCCCCUUCUUACUGAUCAUUGCCUCCUAUGCUUGUAUCCUUGCCACCAUCCUUGGGAUUGCGACAUCCCAGGGGCGUCAGAAAGUCUUCUCUACCUGUUCUUCCCACCUGUUUGUGGUCAUGCUCUUUUUUGGGACUGGGACUGUUGCCUAUAUGAGGCCUUGGGCAGGCUCCUCUCAGGAUGCGGACCAGAUCCUCGCCCUCUUUUACACAGUGGUCACUCCCAUGUUCAACCCUUUUGUCUAUACUCUGAGGAACAAGGAAGUCACAGGGGCGAUGAGGAGGCUCGUGAAGAAAUACUUUUGGAGUUCUUGA